AUGGCUUCGCAUCAUCAACCUGGGCCUUCUGGCCAUCUGCAGGUAGCAGCGGCACACAACCUCCGCCGCACACCGAGCCCAUCAUCAUCAUCGCGAGUAUCCAUCAACCCUCCUGCCACACCGGGGAGUCCAGCGCCCGCCGACGAGUCCGCCCCCGAUUACUUUAAUCCUCUGAGCCAAGCUCCCUCGGCGCAAUCACAAACUUCUCUAUCAUCUUUUCCACGACUACCGUCGCAGACUUCUCUUUCCGCCUUUCCCGAUGUCGCACCGCCACCGAGACGACCUCCAGUCGAUCAGGCUCGACUUCCGAGCAUCCGGCUGAGGCGGACUUCCAAUGGAUCCCUCUACUCCGACAGCGGCCUCUCGAGCGAAUUCGACCCGAAUCGUCCCCGAAGCAUUUCACAACCUGAGCGCGCAAGAGUUUCCGAUGCUCCCGUUCUUGCUCGACACUCGAGGCGGGUGCCUCAAAUAGCCAUGCCUCGACUCACAGAAGAGGGUGCGCGACCGAGUCUCGCAGAACUGGGAAUGGAUGGACCGACGAGUCCUUUAUCCCCGGCAGUAUCGCUUCCUGACCAAGCUCACACACGAGAACGGGACGUGGACAUGACCAGGUUGCAACGGGCAAGGAAGAUGAGCCGAAUGUUCUGGCCAGGACAUCGAAGGCAAGGGGACCAGAAUGAAGCUACGCGACCUCUAACCGCUGAGGAGGAAGAAUACGCCCAAGAACUGGUGGACUGGCUAGACGUCAUUGACCCCGAGGUUCAGACCCUCUCUACCCUGACCAACGUCCAAAACUCCCUCUUCGUCCCCGAUCUCGGUAACUGGGUCAACCGCCGACCUACCUAUGCCCUCUCUCGACAUGACCCCGAGCAAGACUGGGCAAGAGAAGCCAUCGCCGAAGAACGACGCCGAGAAGUCGCCCGCCAAGCUACGGCAGAAGCUGCCGAAAUGGUAGCAGAGCCCCCGCCCAUGCAGCGAAGCAGCACCAUCACGUCACGCUUGACUGAGUCUCACUACGCCGCUCUUCCCCAUGGGGCAACCCUAGAAGGAUGGAGUGCUAGGGAAAAGGCCGAGUUGGACGAUCAUGUUCGACAUAUGCUUCACUCUAGACGUGCCAGGUUCAAGCGAAGCCUCAAGGGUUUCGGACAAUAUGUCAGGAGACCUCUGGGUUUCUUCGUCACCCUUUACGCCACCCUUAUCACCCUCUUUGGCUUGGCUUGGGUUCUCUUCCUCAUCGGCUGGAUCUAUGUGGGCGAGAAGCAGGUCUAUGCGAUCCACAUCAUCGACAGUGUCCUUGUCGCGCUGUUUGCCAUCAUGGGUGAUGGCCUGGCACCCUUCCGUGCCGUCGACACUUACCAUAUGAUCUUUAUCGCUCGCUACUCUGGCAAGAUCCGGAGAGCAGAGAAGGGCAAGAAACCCAGGACCAAGCUAAAAAAGAAGAACGUUCCACCAGAGAUCCGGAACAGUCCUGAAUACGAGACCAAUGGACGUAUCACUGGCUACCAAGCUAGGAUGCUAUUGGAAGCCGAAGCCUACGACCCCGAGAACGAUCGACAAGACGGUAGCAUGAACAACCUUGACAACAACAAGGAUAGCGACCAGAUGGUCGAUCUGGAGAAUGCCAAAUCGCCCAACCCCGAAUCAGACAUGCCGGCCUUGACGUUUGCUCAGCUCAAGAGUCUGCAGCAUCACCAGAAGAAGCUGGCCAAGUCGCACAGUUUCUACAAACCCCAAGAAACAUUUACACAUCACGCCUUUCCCCUGAGCUACCUCGUGGCCAUCGUCAUCCUCCUGGACUGUCACUCGUGUCUCCAGAUCUCUCUAGGAGCCUGCACCUGGGGCAUCGACUACCACACUCGACCAUUCGCGUUGACAACGGUAAUCCUCUGCGUCAGCAUAACGUGCAACAUCACAGCCGGUCUGCUCAUCAGCAGAGGCGACCGUAAGACUCGAAAGAAGGACGUAUGGGAGCUCCUCAACCGACAGGAGCUGACUGAAGACGCCAUAAAGCACAUGGAGGAGAAGAAGAAGAAGGAACAAGAGAAGGAGGAGAGGGGGAGCAGGUCGUCGGACAAGGAUGAGUCUAGCGGGAGGACUUCGAGGGAGCUUAGAAGGCUGGUCAAGUUGCCGAGCUGA